UCUCAGUAGCUGUUGUGGCUAACUGUUGUUGUCCAAACAUUCCCGCACCCGCAAUCCGGCACCCGCAACUCCCACACUCCCCAAAUUCGGGUGCUAAGCGGCUGUCCAAAAAAAUUUUGACUUUGACGAGCGGCUCAGCAACAAGCUACCAAAAUGGCUGUUAUACCCUGCUUUUAUGUGCCGAAGCGCAUCAAUGUGGGCAUCAUGUUGUUUAUGAUGUGCCUCAUUAAUUAUAUGAUGCGCGUCAAUCUGUCAAUCAACAUAAUUGCCAUGGUUACGAACCACGAUGAGAAUGGAACACUCGUCGAGGAGGAGGAUUUUGGUCCACGCUAUGAUUGGACGCAACAGGAUCAGGCUUUGCUGCUGGGUGGUUAUUUCUAUGGUUAUAUGGUUACCUCAUUGCCAGGAGGCACACUCGCCGAAAUGUUUGGCGGACGCAAGGUGGCUGGUUAUAGUUGCCUGUUGGGUGCCAUUUUGACCGCACUUACCCCGCUCGCCGCCUCCUGGGAUAAAUAUGCGGUAUUUGUUUUGCGCGUCCUGCUUGGCCUUGUCUCUGGUGUCGUUUAUCCUUGCUGCCACAAUUUGGUCUCGAAAUGGUCACCACCCGAUGAGAAGGGCAAAUUUGUUGCCGCAUUGAUGGGCGGCACAUUUGGCACCGUGAUCACUUGGCCCCUGUGUGGCUUAAUCAUCGAGCAUAUGGGCUGGGUUUGGGCAUACUAUUUGGUUGCCGUCUUUGUGGUUGUUGUAGUCGGUGUGUGGUUCUAUCUGAUUGCCGAUACGCCGGCACAGCAUGGCAGCAUUAGCAUCAAGGAGCGCGAAUACAUUGAGACGAGUUUGGGCGACACAAUCGGGAACAAGGCGAAAUGGCCGCCAUACAAACAGCUCAUUGUUUCGAUGCCAUUCUGGUCACUGACACUGCUGCAUUAUGGCAGCAUGUGGGGAUUGUUCUUCCUGCUGACAGCGACGCCGAAAUUCUUGAGCGAGGUGCUCGGCUUCAAUCUAUCCUCAGCUGGAAUACUCUCCAGCUUGCCGCACAUUGCGCGUCUCAUUGCUGCUUUUGGUUUUGGCUCCGUGGCGGAUUGGAUUCGUCGCAAGGGCUGGUGGACUGUGACGCUUACACGCAAAGUAUUCUGCGUGCCUUCUCACAUCUUGCCCGGCAUUAUGCUGAUAAUAUUGGCGUAUGUUGGUCGCGAUCCUUAUGUGUGUGUGGCUAUAAUGACAAUCUCGCUGGGCUUCAAUGGAGCUGCCACCUCUACCAAUUUGGCCAACUCGCAGGAUCUGGCGCCGAACUUUGCGGGCACCAUGUAUGGAAUUAUCAAUUGCUUGGGCACCACGCCCGGCAUCUUUUCACCCUUAAUUGUGGCCGAAUUUACCAAGGAUAAUAACACCAUCGAUGAGUGGUUCUGGAUAUUUAUAAUUGGGGCUUUGGCCUACAUUUUGCCAGCGAUAUUCUUCUGGGUCUUUGGAUCGGGCAAGAUACAGAAGUGGAAUGAGGUGGCGACCAAGGAACCCCUCGACGAUGUUGUCAAUACAAAGUUGUAAUUUGUAUUCGCUGUGAUGUUGUUGUUAAUAUUACUAAUGCCAUAUGCCAAUUAUGACAUUAUUAAUGCGACUUUAUUCUUGCAACAAAACUGCAAGCUGGGGUUGCAUUAAUACCGAGUCCUAUUAAAGUUAAUGCUGUGUAUUUAUUGUUCUUUUGAAAAUGAUAUUGUUUUUCAUAUAAAAUAUUCACUCACUGAUUUUGUAACUUUGUUUGAAUAAAUGUUUAAGGAAAUGA